CACACUUCACGUAGUCAUGGCAGACGACUACAGGCGACAAGAUUUUGAGUUGGAAAGGAGAAUAUUUGAGCUGGACAAUAAAUGUUCAUGUCUCCGAGCUGAAAAGCAAGAUGAUGACUAUUUGCAGAAUGCAUCUGCUGUGCUAGAGAAAUUGAAAGGCUUCUACAGACAAGGAGGAGAAAGCUUUAACAUUUCCAAGCUCCUGCAGGAUUACACACAGGCGAUACUUGACAUCACUUUUUAUGAAGAGAAUCAACUGGUAGAUCAGGAAUUCCCUGAGGACUCCUCGCCGGUUAAGAUCCAGCAGCUGCUGCAAGACUUGACUGAGCCAGAAGUUUUAGUGGGCAGACUGACACCUGGACAGGAGGUGCAGUGUGUGUUGGGCACAGAGAUGUUUGAGUGCCUCUACUGGAGACGUGGAGCUCUGCUGUACAUGUACUGCCACACCCUUCAUCAGCGAAAGCAAUGGAUAAAGAAAAACAAGGACACAUUCAUAAAGUGUAUUCAGGAAGGCGUUCGAUAUUUGAUGCGGAUGCUACAAGUAAGAAACACAGUGAAGCUCAGCGAUGGGGUGGUUCUUCAUGAAGGCGCUACAGCAAGCAUUUUAUCUGAAGGCAUUUUUUCUGACACUCACCUUCUGACAAUGAUGUACAUUGGAGAGAUGUGUUUCUGGGCUGUGAAGUAUGAGGACUGCAGCGGUGACUCCACAGAGCACAGAGAAGAUCGCCUUCAGUUUCGGGACAUCGGUACUCAGAUACUGAACAAAUACGUGCAUGCCUGCGAGGGCCCUUUGCAGGGGCAGGGCUGGAAUACAGAAAAUGCCAAGGAAAUCCUUAGUGUUUUAGAGUGAAAUAAACUGCUCCUAUGUAAAAGUUACCACCAGGCACAGGUCAGUGUUCAGUUGUGUCAAACCUAAUAAAUAUGGAGCUCCAUGAAA